AGAGCCGUCGCGCCGCGGGUGUGGGAGGGAGGGAGGAGAGGGUGCCCGGGCGCCACGAGAGUAUGACGGGGCUGUACGAGCUGGUGUGGCGGGUGCUGCACGCGCUGCUCUGUCUGCACCGCACGCUCACCUCCUGGCUCCGCGUUCGGUUCGGCACCUGGAACUGGAUCUGGCGGCGCUGCUGCCGCGCCGCCUCCGCCGCGGUCCUAGCGCCGCUCGGCUUCACCCUCCGCAAGCCCCCGGCCGCCGGCAGGAACCGCCCGCACCCCCGGCACCCGCGCGGGAGGCCGGGCCCGGCCGCCGCCCACCCCCGGCUGCGCUGGCGCGCGGACGGCCGUUCCCUGGAGAAGCUGCCGGUGCACAUGGGCUUGGUGGUCACCGAAGAGGAGCAGGAGCCCAGCUUCUCGGACAUCGCGAGCCUCGUGGUGUGGUGCAUGGCCGUGGGCAUCUCCUACAUUAGCGUCUACGACCACCAAGGUAUUUUCAAAAGAAAUAAUUCCAGAUUGAUGGAUGAAAUUUUAAAACAGCAGCAGGAACUUCUGGGCUUAGAUUGUUCCAAAUACUCACCAGAAUUUGCAAAUAGUAAUGACAAAGAUGAUCAAGUUUUAAAUUGCCGAUCGGCAGUGAGGGUGCUCUCCCCAGAAGAUGGAAAAGCAGAUAUUGUGAGAGCUGCUCAGGACUUUUGCCAAUUAGUAGCCCAGCAGCAAAAGAGAUCUGCAGAUUUGGAUGUAGACAUGUUAGACAGUUUACUUAGUUCAACUGGUUUUCCUGAUCCUGAUUUAGUAUUAAAGUUUGGUCCUGUGGACAGUACAUUAGGCUUUCUUCCCUGGCACAUCAGAUUGACUGAGAUUGUCUACUCAACAUUGGUGGUGUAGCUGAGUGGCCACAGACACUCUUUGCCUUCCUACCUAAACAUCAGUUAUGAGGACUUUUUCUCUGCCCUUCGUCAAUAUGCAGCCUGUGAACAGCGUCUGGGAAAGUAAUGAUCCCUGGUUGCGUAAUUUGAGUUCAGGCUUUUGGAGAAAAGGACCCAAGUGACUCUGAUGUUUACAAAGCACCUAUGAAACCCUGUACACACCUAGUUCAUAAUCCUCAUAAUUUAUCAACACAAGAAAGUGUCUUACUUGAGAGUAAGAGUAUGUGUGAGUAUGAAUGCGGGUGUGUGUGUGUGUAUGUAUGUGUGUGUGUAAAUAAAUUUAUAAAUGGGGGACGUAUUGGAGAAGGAAAGAGGUAGACCUGCAAUUUGAGCAAAUAGCAGCAAUGUUUUAGGAACUGAAAUUUCAAAUUUAAAGGCUUUAGCCUCCACUGCUUCCCUGUUUUUGUGGGGAGCAGAGGGGGUGACUAGAGCUAUUUGGCUGUGUUUUGGGGGGAGGGGAAUAAUUUUUGUUCAAUCUUUCCUAGUGACCAAACUUACUUUUUAAAAAUAAUAUAUUGACUUACUAAAUGGAACCGUUUUGAGUUUGAGGGAUCUCCAGAGGAAUGGAGUUAUGUGGGGGUCUCUUGUUAAAAGCUCACCUUUGGAGCAGAGGGCAUACCUACUUUCAGAUAUCCGUCCAUUUUCAUCUCAUUAUCGUUGAGCAAUGUGACUUGCUAAUGUUGCUCUGGUGUCUGUGUUCUGGAUUGUAAAGAUCAUCUGAAAAGGAACUCUUACUACACUGAAAUGCAGAAUUUAAAAAAUUCAAAUACUGUAUUAGUCAAAAAAAGAUGAAAAGGUUAUAUAAUCUUAAAGUAGGAAAAUUUCCUAAAAUAGGAAAGAAAGUGAUUUUUUUUUUUUAAUUCGGUGGGCAGUGUGUACCAAAGUUGGUUUAAAAAUGUUUCCAUUAACUAUUUUUAUUUAAAAUAAGCAUUGGAGGGAAGUUAGCUCUUUUCUUCAAAAGCAGUAACCUGUUCCUCUUUGGAAUAGCACAUUUCAAACCGUGUUAGUACCCAGGAUUUUUACUCAGUAAAUCCUGAUAGUGACUUUCCCUAAAAGCUCUUUUAAGAUUGAGGCUUGUGUAGGUAAUAAAAUAUUACCAAAGUCUACAAAAAUAAAUUAAUUUUCCAUGUUCUCUUUCAUGACAGAGAACGGCACUGGUUCUGUUAUUUUUUAAAUGAAUAAAUGAUUUUUUGAUAGGUAUUUGAUAUUUCUUCCCUCACUGCUGAUCCUUGGGCAGAAACCAUUCUUUAUAUUUGAUCGACUGUUUUCAGAAAAAUCUUAAGUGUACAAUAGUUGUCUAAAACUGUACGUUUAGAAUGGAGUAGCUUAAAUGCUAGGUCUUAGAAGUUUGAAAAAUAGCAAAGAAGACGAUUGGGAAGGCAAGGUCUGAAGUUGCUUGUCAUAUUCUGAAGCUAUGAAGAAUAAAUGUUUCCACUUUGGAUUAUAAAACCCCACUUAUGAUUUUUAAAAUUACACUUGAAAUAAAAUGAUUAAACUAAAUUUUGGUCCAGUGACAUUACUUUGCACUUCAUAGUCCUUUGUACAUUAUAAGACUUUUUGUUUUAAGUCUUAAUUUAUUGCUGAAAGUUUUGUGUGAAACUAUAGCAUAUCUCUGAACUUUACUAGACAACUUCUGAUUUCUGUUCCCCUGUACUGUGAUCCAUGUUCUAUUGAGGCUUUUUUGCCUUAGUUUGAGACUGAAUUUGUGUCUUUUAUAAACACGGUAUGUGUCUUUUAUAAACAUUCUGGAAUAUGUGUGGCUUUAAUGAAUUAAAUCUAAUGGGCCUGAUUGAAGUGAAGGGAUUUAAUAUUUGUUAAAAUGAAGUUAGUCAAAUUACCCACUGGGAUAUAGCCAAAGCUGCUAAAAGUUCAAUGGUUGAGUCUUUGUACUUUUCUUUUCUCCUUCCAUUUCAUAGCAGUGUAGUAUUUAGUGUAUUACACAUCAAAGUAGCUCUAGAACUUGUGACCUGAGUCUGUUAUAGUCCUAGGAAGAGACUCUUAAAACACGUUGCUAGGGAUUCUGAAUUCAGAUAUAGGCAUUCCAGAUCCCCAUGAGUUUAACUGCUAGUAUAAAUCUCCCCAACUUGAGUGGCAUUGGUCAUUUUGUAAUUCCUGCCAAAAUCAUCACAAGUUCUGCAUCAUCAGGGCUCCCUUUGCAUUCCCAAGAAAGAACUGUUGUUUGUCUUUAUGUGUACUUAAGGCUUUUGUCCUUAAAUUGUUUCUUCUUGACACUCCCCACAAUGAAAAAAUAAAUAAAAUUAAACUGACUUUAAGGAUGGCAGCUUGGAGCAUAGCAAAAAGUUGGAGUGUUUGAAUUCUAUUCCCAAUUCUGAUUGUAUUUUGUAUCUUAAAACUGAUUACUGUUACAACAAAGUUUGAAAGCUGCUUUUGAUGUGAAUAGCAAAAUUCUGGUAUAUUGUGGCUAAGGCUUAAGAAUACCUUGUCUCUGAGAAAAGGUGUUAUAAUGUUAACAGUGCCAAAUACACUGUGCGUAUCUACGAUUUAAUCUUUGAAUGUAUGUUAUUUGAUUAGCUCCCUCCUCCUGUGUGAUGGUACCACGCAUAGAGUCAAAUCCUUGUGAUGUUUUGUAUGGCUGUAGACUUUGGCAACAUGUAAAUAACGUGUAAAGCAAGUUUUUAUGAUUGAGGAAUCAAAUUUAUUGAAUUUUAUUAUUGAAAGUUGAAACUCAACAUGUAUGAACAAAGACAAUAAAAGAAUAUACUCUUUUCAUGGACUAUA